AUGUUCUCCGAUGAGCUCAAGACGCUGAGGAGGUUGGGCUUUCGUCAUGUGUUGCUCCAGGUCCUCAAUUUCAUGUCAGUGCUCGCGACAGGGUUCAUGAUGUGGAAGGGACUUGGUCUCUUUACCAACACGGAGUCACCCAUCGUCGUCGUGCUCAGUGGAUCUAUGGAGCCCGCGUUCUACCGCGGGGAUCUGUUGUUCUUGACGAACCCUCCUGAUGAAAGAUACAAGACGGGAGACAUCACUGUGUACAAGAUUCCGGGGGCGGAUAUCCCCAUCGUGCAUCGCGUACUGGAGACACACGAUGUUGUAUCGGCGAAAGCAGGGUACGUUGCAGCAAGCCCUCUCGCUCAAAACCAGCUGCUCUUGACGAAAGGUGACAACAACGCCAUUGACGACCUCGAGCUGUAUCAAGGUCUGGAGUGGCUCGACCGGAGACAUAUUGUGGGGAAGGUCCGGGGCUUCCUCCCAUACGUUGGCUAUGUUACCAUCGCUAUGAAUGACUUUCCACAGCUGAAGUAUGCUCUCCUCGGAGGACUAGGGCUACUAGCGCUCGUACAGCGCGAGUAG